GAUGCGGUUUUGCGACGUCGGUUCGCAGCCAUCGUCCCCUGUCGCCGACGCGCACCUCAACAAUGACAUCAAGAUAUUCUACAGAACUUACGGGGGCGGUCCAACCAAAGUGCUCCUCAUCAUAGGAUUGGCCUCGACCCACGAAGCGUGGGGCCCACAAAUCAAGGGCUUGACGGGAACCACCGUCCCCAACGACGACGACGACGACGUUUGGACCGGAGAAGAAGGCAAUGACGGCGGCAUCCAUGUUUGCGCUUUUGACAAUCGCGGCGUCGGCCAGAGCUCCGUGCCCGUCGAUAAAUCCCAAUACUCAACCAGGAUCAUGGCGAAGGAUGCAGUUGCUCUAUUAGAUCAUCUAGGUUGGAAAAAAGCCCAUAUUUUUGGGCACUCCAUGGGUGCCAUGAUAGCUUGUAAGGUUGCAGCAAUGGUUCCUGAUAGAGUCCUAUCCUUGGCGUUGCUCAAUGUGACGGGUGGAGGUUUUCAAUGUUUUCCUAAGUUGGAUCGAAAAACAUUAUCUAUUGCUUACCGUUUCUUGAAAGCAAAGACUCCUGAACAAAGAGCUGCUGUAGAUUUGGACACCCACUACUCACAAGAAUAUCUUGAGGAAUAUGUUGGAACAGACAAGAGGAGAGCUGUCUUGUAUCAGCAAUAUGUUAAAGGUAUAUCAACAACUGGCAUGCAAUCUAACCAUGGUUUCGAUGGUCAACUCAAUGCAUGUUGGAUACAUAAAAUGACUGAAACAGAGAUUGGGGUGAUCAAAUCUGCAGGUUUUCUUGUUUCAGUCAUCCAUGGCAGGCAUGAUAUAAUUGCUCAGCUAUAUUAUGCAAAAAGACUUGCUGAGAAGCUUCAUCCGGUGGCUAGAAUGGUAGAUCUUCAUGGAGGCCAUUUAGUAAGUCAUGAGCGGUCGGACGAGGUUAAUCAAGCACUGUUUGACUUGAUCAAGGCAUCAGAAAUGAAGAUGAGCCCACAUGAUUGGACUAAUUUGCCAAAGACAGAAUCUUAUGAUUUGUUUAUCACCCAACAGCCCAAGUCUUCACAGAGCAUAGAGCCAUGUUUCAUUACUGCAAACCCACCCCGUCCCAGAUGGAUUUACAGGGUGGAAAGAGAAAAGGUUGUUGAUCAUAACAAACAUUCAAGCUGGAAGCAAUGUCUCCUUCAAGUGCUUCAUGUUAGAAAAACUACAUCUCUGCUUAUUAUACUUCUUCGGUAUCAUUGUUUUAGUUUUUGAGCAUGGGAGAAAGCUUCUUAGAAGCUUAAAACCAGUUCGAGUUCGAGGUUCCCCUUCGUAGAUUGAAAAUUAAUGACUCCUUUUGUUAAUAGGUGAGUAAUAUAUAUAUAUAUAUAUAUAUAUUGGUAAACCCUCAAAGUGAGAGACCAGAUCACAGCAAGCUGAGCUCAUGCAUGCGGCAAUGUUUACUCUGUUAACUAAGGUGGAAACUGGGGUUUCUCUGAAACAAGCAGAAAGCACAAGAGAGAAACCUUGAUUUUGUGCUAUUUGAGGCAUGACAGUGACACUAUAUUAACUUCCCUUGAUUGACAAGAAUCCAGGUGCUCUGUAUAGCCAAUUAAGCGGGAGAGACGGAGGCGAGGAUCGGCAAUUCCACUUUUUUUUUGUACACUAAUGAUACAUAUUUCGUGAUAAUCUAACUCUGGAAAUUCUUUUCAUACACUUUUUUUGUACAGUGAGAUUUGGCCAUUUGGGAUACUGAGCUCCAACCGAAAAGGCAAAUAUUUAUAACACAAACAUUUUAUCUUGGUAAGAAACCGUUAAUAAUAUUAUUAAUUUUUAUUCA